AUGGACUCACGUGCACGAAUUCCGGACACGCUGACGCAGUUUCUGAUGCGCAGUCAGCCCACCAGUAGCCGAGGAGAUUUUACUUUACUGAUGAUAGCCAUUCAGACUGCUGUUAAAGUUAUUGAAAAGAAUAUUCGAUCAGCGGGAAUGCAAGGCCUCUUUGGAUACCUGCAAGAGAACAGUGCAAACGCUACUGGGGAUACACAAGCUAAGCUGGAUGUGGUGGCAAAUAACGCAUUUAAGGCAUAUCUAAUGGCGUCCACGUGCGUGUCAUUCCUGGGAAGUGAAGAGGAGGAAUCCCUUGUUUUGGUAGAUGGGGAUCAUCAAGGGGACUAUAUUAUUUUCUUUGAUCCACUUGAUGGUAGCAGUAAUAUCGACGCAAAUGUUUCGGUUGGUUCUAUUUGGGGGAUUUGGCGCCUUCCUCCGGGAAAACGAGUUUCAACUAUUGAAGAAGCAAAUGAAGCACUGAAGGAGUUAUGGGGUGAACGUCUUGUCUCUGCUGGUUACGCUAUGUAUGGUAGCGCUACAAACCUUGUACUGACUACAGGGCAUGGCGUGGAUGGAUUUACACUGGACCCCACAAUUGGUGAGUUUAUUCAUACCCAUCCUCAUAUCACACUUCCUCCUUCCAGGCCAAUUUACAGUGUAAAUGAGGGGAAUUACCGACUUUGGGAACCAUGGUUUCAGAAAUAUAUUCAAAAUGUCCACACUAAAACCAAAAAAGUAUACAGCGGUCGUUAUAUUGGUUCGAUGGUGGCGGAUGUUCACCGAACAUUACUCUAUGGAGGUAUAUUCUGCUACCCAAAUGACGCUAAAAGACCAGAAGGUAAACUACGCUUACUUUAUGAGGCUGCUCCCAUUGCAAUGCUGAUGGAACAAGCAGGCGGAAAGGCUUUGACUGGUAAAGGUCGAGUGCUUGAUGUUGUACCAGCCAAGCUUCACCAACGCGUUCCGGUUUACAUGGGUAGCCGACAUGAAGUGGACCUCUGCAUUUCAUAUCAACAACAUGAAAAACAACAGCAAAAAGGACGUAGCAAGCUGUAA